AUGGCCCCCCGGCUGCCAGCUCGCUGCUGGCGGCAGCUCUCCUCGCCGGUGACCAAUGUGCCUGCCUUCCGGCCCUCCGCUGCCCUCGUCCUGUCCCGGCCAGCACCGACCUCCCUCCUCACAAACCAGGCCGUCCGGGCACUGACAACGACAACCGCCCUCUCAAAGCGCGAGGGCUGGAGCACGCUCGCCCGGCGCUACAGGCCGACCCGCUUCAACCAAGUAACUGCCGGCCUGCCGGCCCCGACAACGGGCCCCGCGGCCGCACUCAAGCGCAAGCACUUCCCCCUGCGGACGGGCGUGCUCGCGGUCAAGAAGGGCAUGACGGUGUUCAUGGGUCGGACGGGUGCGCGGAUUCCGUGUACCGUACUGCAGAUGGACCGGGUGCAGGUGGUGUUCAACAAGACGCGCGAAAAGCACGGGUACUGGGCCGUGCAGGUCGGCCUGGGCGAGAAGAACCCGGCUAACGUCACGCGCCCGCUGCUUGGUUACUAUGAGGCGAAGGGUAUCCCGCCAAAGGAGUACUUGGCCGAGUUCCGAGUCAAGGACGAGAGCGGUUUGCUGCCUAUUGGUGUGCAGCUCAUGCCGGACUGGUUCUAUGUCGGUCAGCGUGUCGAUUGCCGGUCGUACUCCAAGGGCCAGGGCUUUGCUGGUGGUAUGAAACGCCACGGGUUCUCCGGUCAGGAGGCCAGUCACGGUAACUCGCUGAACCACAGAACCCUUGGUUCGGUUGGUGCGUCGCAGGGUGCCGGUUCCAGAGUGCUUCCCGGCAAGAAGAUGCCCGGGCGGAUGGGCAACCAGCGCGUGACGGUGCAGAACCUGCCUAUUCUGAUGGUCGACAAUGAUCUGGGCAUCAUCGUGGUGAAGGGUUGCGUGGCGGGUAAGAAGGGCUCGAUCGUGCGCAUCUCAGACGCCAUCAAGAAGCCGCCACCGCCGAAGGAAUGGAUUGAGAAGACUCGCAAGCAGCUGGAAGAGCGCUUCCCGCAUGCCGAGGAGGCCCUUGAGGCUGCUCGCAAGCGCCAUCUGGAGCUUAAAGCUGCUCGUCAGGAGAGGAGGAUAGCUGAGCUGCUUCAGGAGGGCAUGAGCAGCCCCAACGAGGCGCACGCCUUGAUCAUCGACCGGAUUGAAGCCGAGGAUGCGGCUCGCGAUCAGGAGUGGCAAGCUUAUUCUGAGCAGGUUGCGGCUAUUGCCGAGCAGGAGGUAACAAAGGCUCAGGUUAAGGCUCAGACCGAGGGCCAGCGUCAACUUGCGUAA